AUGGGUGGCAUCGAGCCCGUCAUUCACGUUCAUGCCCGUGAUUCUUUGGGCAACUCGGUAGGCAUCGUUGUGGUGCCGAUCGGCGAACUGGUCGCACUGGAGGUAUGGGACGUCUGGUAUGCCAUGGACGAUGGCAGCGACGAGAUGGAUGAGAAGCCUGCAGAGGAGACGCCAAAGAUGCAUCUGCUGCUGCAGAGCGUACCUGCGGAGGCGGCAAGUCAAGAGACCAAGCAAAGCCGAGACAUGCGGGCACAGGAUUUUCUCCUCAGAGCUCUCCAGCAGCUGAAUGCGGCUCUGGAAGCGAAGGAGGCGCUUCCCGGCCCUCGACAGCGCCAGCCUCGGCGCUCCGGCGCCGGGCGCUCCGGCGGAGAGCGCUCCGGCGGAGAGCGCUCCGGCGAGCUGCGGCCGCUGCGGGCGACCGGAUCGCUCGGCCCGCGGAGGCCGCCAGGUGCUGGAAAUCAAACGCCGCAACAGGCACGAGCACAGGACGCGGCACCUGUACCAGAGCCAAGCAACGGCACGAGUGCGGAGGAAAAAGAGGAGAGGCAGCGCGCCCAGGAGGAGGCUUUCAAACUGCGGCUCGAGCCCUACGAGCGGGCUAUCGCGGCCAUGGAGCAGAAACAGAGGCUCUAUGAUGACCAGGAGGCCCGCAUCCAGGCUCUGUCGAAAGCGCUGGAGGAGCAGCAAGGGCGUUCUGGGCACCUCGUGGCACAGCUCCGUGAGGAGGCUGAUCGCGCCAAGGCAGAGGCCGAGCAGGAGCGGGAGUCGCUGCGUGAGGACUCCAGACUCGCUCGUGCCACGGCCGUGCUGAUAGGUGGGCGCUCCCACCUUAUUCCUUGGAUUCGCAAGGCUUUUCGAGUUGGUAGGACCUUUGCGCAGCAGCGAGCUGCAGAAUUGGAACAGGAGGUCGCGCUGCGCCGAUCUCACGAGGAGUCGCUCCAACAUCGUCUGUCAUUGUUGGAGACACAGGCCUCUGCGGCAAGCCAAAAGAGCUUAGCGGCGCAGGCCGUCGAAGAGGAGGCACAGAAAGCCCUGGCGGACGUGGAAGCCCUGCGGAAGCAGAGGCAGAGGCUGCAGGAACAGCUGCAGGAGCUUGGCCGGGAGCUUUCUGAGACGCGAGAAGAGAAUUGGCAGCUGAAAGAGGACCGCGGCCAUGAAGUCGAGAAGGCGCGGUCUAUCUGCGAACGCGAAAUACUCGCCAAGGAGAGCAUGCAGCUUGAAGUGCUUCAGCUGCAAGACCAGCUGCGCGACAAGGAGGCGGAGGCGCGCUUGGCGCUGGAGCGCGCCGAGGGUUCCCAGCGCCGUGUGGAGACCCUGGAAGCGGAGGUGACUUCGCUUCAAUCUCUUCUGGCUCGGGAAAGGCGAGAGUUCCGCAGCACAGAGCAGAGCUCGACCAGAAGCUCAACGAGACGGAGAUGCAGAAACUCCACUCUACGCUCGAUGAGCAUCGUGUCCUGGUCCGGGGUCUCAGGCUCGACCUGGAUAAGGCUCGACGCGAGCUCAGCGACGAGCGAGGCCGGAUCUGCGCGACAGAGAGAGUCAGACCAAUCAGUUCCUCCUCCAGAUUUGUCCGAAUCGUCUUCAGUCGCCGCGUGCAGCAUUGUGUCAUGGCAGCCGAUCGUCUGGCACUUUCCGGGGUCUCGGCUCAAGGCAUUUGCCGCUCUGUAUGUUUUGCCCGUGUCCUUUUCUGCUUGGCUCGUGGAAAUGGCUUCGCAGGGAUACAAGGCAGAGAUGGCCCCCGCCGCAGAGUUGGAGGUGACCGAGGUGACGAACACCCAUUCAGUCAAAGCGCAGAAGACCCGAGUCUCGGAGGAGUUCAAAGAGCUGGAGAAGAACGACCCCCUGCUCAAGGAGAACCCUCGCCGCUGGGUCAUGUUCCCGCUGCAGCACCCGGAAGUCUGGGAGAUGUACAAGAAGCAUGAGGCUUCUUUCUGGACAGCGGAGGAGAUCGACCUGGCGCAGGACAACAAGGACUGGGUGACGAUGAACGAAGGCGAGCAGCACUUCGUGAAGCACGUCUUGGCCUUCUUUGCUGCGUCUGAUGGAAUCGUGCUGGAGAACCUCGCC